GGCAGCCACCUUCACUGCACGCCAUGAGCCCAUGAUUGGUUUGACUGUUCGACAUCGGGGCGUCCAAAUCCCAACCGCUAACUGCGCGCACCAACCGUUGAUCCUCCCGAAAACCCAACUCCCCCAUGCGGCCAUGCGCUAUCUCUACUUCCGCCCCAACGCAGCAGGCGCAGGCCAUGCCCGCCAUCCCCUCCUCGCCCACCUCGACGCCUGCGCCUCGCGGGCCCACGUCGCGGAGCUCCACGGCCGCCUCAUCCGCGCCCACCUCGCCGCCGACCCCGCCGUGGCCGGCCGGCUGGUCGCCCUCCUCGCGUCCCCCUCGGCGGGCCACGACAUGCGCCGCGCGCGCACGGUGCUCGACGGGAUGCCCCGCACGAACGCGCCCGCGUGGAACUGCGUGAUCAGGGGGUACACCAGCCGCGGCGCGCCACGGGAUGCGCUGGCGGCGUUCAGGGCCAUGGUCAGGAGAGGCGUUGCGCCUGACAGCUACACCAUGGCCGCGGCCGUGACGGCGAGUGCUGCUGGUGGUGAUGGCCGGGCGUGGGAGUGGCGGGCGGCCGGGGACGCGGUCCACGCGGUGGUUCGGAAGAUUGGGUGCGCGGCGGAUCUGUUCGUCACGUCGGGCCUUGUUAAUAUGUACGGCACGUUCGGAAGUGUUGAGUAUGCGAGGAAGGUUUUUGGGGAAAUGCGGGAGAGGGACGUGGUGUCUUGGACGUCCAUGAUCUCAGCGUUUGCACAGUGUGGCAUGUGGAAUGAUGCGUUGAGGUUUCUUGCCGAGAUGCAGGCAGACGGUAUUGCUCCUAACAAAGUCACGAUUAUAAGCUUGCUGUCUGCUUGUGGGCAUGGGCAAGCUGUUGACAGAGGACGCUGGGUGUAUGAUCGGCUUGGUGAAUAUGGAAUUGAGGCUGAUGUGGAUAUAGGAAAUGCAGUCAUAAGCAUGUAUGCGAAAUGCGGGUGCAUGUCUGAUGCUUUGGAGGCAUUUAAGGUCAUGCCUGCAAGAAAUACUAAAUCAUGGAACACACUGAUUGAUAGAUUUGUGCAAAAUAAGAAGCAUAAAGAAGCAUUGAAAAUGUUUGAAGAGAUGUUAUCAAGUGAAUUCAAUCCUGAUGCUGUAACACUUGUAAGUGUUUUAUCAGCCUGCGCUCAGCUUGGUGAUCUUCAGCAAGGGAGGAAUCUCCACAGUUACAUAAGAAGCAGUGGGAUCUGUUGUGACACCAUCCUUACAAAUUCUUUGAUUAACAUGUAUGCCAAGUGUGGCGAUAUGGCAGCAGCAGAAGUGGUUUUCAAGGCUAUGAAACAGAGGGAUGUUGUUUCAUGGACAACUAUGGUUUGUGGUUAUGUGCAGGGACGGCAAUUUACAGUGUCCUUUAACUUUUUUGAAGAGAUGAAGGUUGCAGGGAUUGUAGCAAGUGAAAUGGCAUUGGUUAGUCUACUUUCUGCUUGUUCACAGCUUGGAGCACUUGAUAGAGGACAGGAGAUUCAUGCUUAUAUAGAAGAAAAGAACAUAAAACGAGAUGUAUUCCUGGAAAGUGCCCUGGUGGAUAUGUAUGCAAAAUGUGGCUCCAUCGACAUGUCAGCUGAAAUAUUUAGCAAAAUGCAGCAUAAGCAAACCCUCACAUGGAAUUCUAUGCUAGGAGGUCUUGCAAGUAAUGGGCAUGGGAAGGAAGCAGUCCAGCUCUUUGACCAAAUGCUGAAGUUUGGAGAUCCCAAACCUGAUGGUAUUACUUUCAAGACAGUCCUUGGUGCCUGUGCUCAUGUGGGAAUGGUUAGAGAGGGACUCUGUUACUUCCACACCAUGCCUACCUUUUGUAUUGCCCCUGAUAUUGAGCACUAUGGUUGCAUAGUAGACCUCCUAAGUAGAGCUGGCCUACUAGAAGAAGCAUUUGAAUUCAUAAAGAAGAUGGCAAUAGAUCCUAAUCCUGUUAUUUGGGGAUCACUUCUUUCAGCUUGCAGAUUUCAUGACAAAAUGGAUUUAGUCAGGAGAGUCAGGCAACACGUUAUUAAAUUAGCUCCUAACGAUGUGGGGACACAUGUGAUGAUCGCAAACUUAUAUGCUGAAGGUGGUCAGUGGGAUGAUGUACAACAAAUAAGAGAGCAGAUGGGAAGCAGGGGUAUAGAGAAGUCACCUGGUUACAGCUCCAUCCAAGUCUAAACCUUCAUAAUGUAUUUUAACAUUUUUGUGAUCCGCCCAUAAGGCAAUACACAAGGCUGACAGGAGCAAUGCCAUUAACACUGAACAUUUUACAGUUGUUUGGUGAUGCUUCUGGACUUGGAACUAAUGUACAGAAGAGCAGUGUUAUGCCUGGCGUACUAACAUUGUUUGCAAGGCAUUUCUGGUUUGAACUGCUGCAGUUUGUUGGGCACUCGAUCUCGCUCCGCAGCCUGACAAGCCUGUGUUUGAUGUCUGGUGGGACAAGGCGUCAUCAGCAGUCAGUGGUGAUACAAAAAAGGGACUAAACUCCCUCAUAAUUCUUGGCGCUUGGACCAUCUGGAAACUUGGUGCUACCCGUAGCGUAUCUGUGGCUCUUACCCAUGCCAAGGAGGAAGCCCUUUUGUGGAGUAUGGCUGGUGCUAAGGAUCUAUCCUUGCACACAGUCACUGCUGCUGCUGUUUAGCAGGUGUUGUGGUCAGGUCCUUCUAGUCAACCAUGGGUAAUUAGGAUCUUGCAGGUUUUAGUGGGUUCGUGUGUGUGUGUGUGUCUUUCUCUUCUAUUAAUACAAUGAUACGCAGCUCUCUUGCGUGUUCGAGAAAAAAAAAACAGGAGCAAUGCCAACUAGUGCAGUUUCUGUUUGACAAGACAUCAGGCACCACAUGUCAAUUUCCAUUAACCUGUGUAUGUGUUAUUACUGUUGUGUUA